UCUUUAAGAAGAAGAAGAAAAAGAGGCGGCGCCGGUGGUACGGAUGGGAAGAAGAAAGAGUCUCCGGGAAGUGGUGGGGCUGAUCAAAGACAAAGCCUCACAGUCCAAAGCUUUAUUCUCCAAUCCAACCACACUCCCCCUCCAUCUUGCCGUCCUACGCGCCACCGCACAUUCUCCUCACGCGCCGCCGCAAGAACAACACAUAUUGGACCUCCUUUUACUAGGAGAUUCCUCACGCGCCACCGCCUCUGCCCUGAUCAAAUCUCUCAUGAACCGGCUCCAUCACACCAGCAACGCCGCCGUUGCUCUUAAGUGCCUAAUCAUAAUCCACCAUAUCAUCAAACGAGGCCCUUUCAUUCUCCAGGACCAACUCUCUAUCUUUCCGGCAACCGGCGGCAGAAAUUAUCUCAAUCUCUCCGCCUUCCACGACGGAUCCACACCCUCUGCUUGGAUAUUCUCCAAUUGGGUUCGUUAUUACGCCCGUUAUCUCGAAACCCUCCUUUCAACUUCGAGAAAUUUGGGUUUUUUUCUCGGGUCGUAUUCUUCGACGGUGGAGAAAGAUCGGCAAGAAGAGAGAUUGUCUUCGUUUGUGAACAGAGAUUUAAUACGAGAAAUUGAUUCACUUGUUGGAUUGAUGGAAGAUAUUUGCAAGAUACCUGAUAAUCUCCACGUUAAAGGGGUGGAAUUACUUCUAGGAAUCACUGGAUUUAUCGGCGGCGAUUAUUUGUCGGUGGUGAAGGAGACUGUUCUUCGAGUAAUCGAGUUCAAGGAAAGAGUGGGUAGUAUGAGUUUCGGACAAUCCGUGGAAUUAACGUGCGCUUUGAAGCGAUUGGAAGAUUGUCGAGAAAGAAUGGAGAAGGUAAUUAUGAUUCCUGUGAGGAAACUGUCGAUGGAGACGUUAUGGGUUUUGACUGAAGAAUUGAAGGAGAUAAUGGUGGGUUUUGACGGCGGCGGAGGAGGAGGAAAGGAAGGGAGGAAGAUUGAUCGAGAAAAGAUGAUGAGGACUGAGUCGGCUCGGUUGGAGAACCGGUUCUUGGAUCGGGAUAACGCGGUUAAGUUCAACUCAACAAGGUUCGGUGACUCAGUCAAAGUUUCUUCAAAUGGUUUCAAUUUUCUAUUAUGAACAUAUGACCUAUAUAUAUAUAUAUAUAUGU